AAAUCACAAAUUAAUUUAUUUAAAUUCCACAAAAUCAAACAAAUCAUCGAAAAGGGACCCUUUUUGCAGCAUUUAAUUUAACAAUGAUAGAAUCAUCAUUUUUGCUAGAAUAAUAAGAUGAAAAAACAAUAACAGGAAAAAAGGGACAAACUUCAUCAUGACAAGAAUCACCAUUACCUUAUUCAUCUUGUUCCUCAAAAUAUGCUUGUUUUUUCCCACCAUUUCUGCUUUGAACCAAGAAGGCCUUUCUCUUCUCGCAUGGCUUUCGACCUUCGACUCUUCCUCCUCCGCCACCUUCUUCUCUUCAUGGAAUUCCACCGACCGGAAUCCAUGCGGGUGGGAUUUCAUUAAAUGUAAUAAUCAAGAAUUCGUGUCUGAAAUCACCAUCACUUCCAUCUAUCUCCCCACUAGAUUCCCGAACGAGGUUUUAUCCUUCGACUUCCUCGAGAUUCUCGUUCUCUCAAACGGAAACCUCACCGGAGAAAUUCCGUCCUCGGUCGGAAACUCUUCCUCCCUCGUGACAUUGGACCUCAGUUACAACAAUCUGACAGGGACGAUACCACCCGAAAUCGGGAAACUGUCGGCUUUGCAGCAGUUAUCGUUGAAUUCUAACCACUUGCAGGGAGGAAUACCGAAAGAGAUAGGGAACUGCACACAACUGCAGGAGCUUGAGCUGUAUGACAACCAAAUUUCUGGGAAUAUCCCCACGGAGAUCGGGCGGUUAACCGUUCUUGAAAUCUUUCGAGCAGGUGGCAACCUCGGAAUUGAUGGGGAAAUUCCGGCUCAGUUAUCGAACUGUAAAAAGCUGCAAUUUUUAGGUCUUGCAGAUACUGGGAUCACAGGCGAGAUUCCUCGUAGUUUUGGAGAAUUAAAGAAUCUCGUGACACUUUCUGUGUACACAGGAAAUCUCAGCGGCGAAAUCCCUCCGGAACUCGGAAAUUGCUCGAGUUUAGAGGAUUUGUUCCUCUAUCAAAACGGAAUCUCCGGUGAGAUUCCGGAAGAAAUCGGCUUCCUCAAAAACCUCAAGAGGCUUUUAUUGUGGCAGAACAAUCUCAGAGGAACAAUCCCUGGAUCUCUCGGUAACUGCUCGAGUUUGACGGUGAUUGAUUUCUCGAUGAAUUUCCUGUCGGGAGAAAUUCCUCAGUCUCUUCGAAGCGUAGGCUUACUCGAGGGGCUUCUCUUGUCGGACAAUCACAUCAGUGGCGUAAUACCUCAAUACAUUGGCAAUUUCUCCAACUUGAGGCAACUUGAAUUGGACAACAAUUACAUUUCUGGCGAAAUUCCAUCGAAUAUCGGGCUGCUAAAAGAACUCUCUCUCUUCUUCGCCUGGAAAAAUCAGCUCCGCGGGAAUAUACCAGACGAGCUAGCAAAUUGCAAGAAACUCGAAGAUCUUGACCUGUCUAAUAACUACCUCACUGGCUCGGUUCCGAAAUCUCUUUUCAAUCUCAGGAAUUUAACCAAGCUGCUUUUGAUUUCGAAUCGACUUUCCGGUAGAAUCCCAGCUGAAAUCGGCAAUUGCACCAGCUUAAUCCGGCUCAGACUAGGAUCAAACAGGUUAGACGGUGAAAUCCCCUCGGAAAUCAGGACGCUCGAGAGUUUAAGGUUUCUUGAGCUGUCUGAAAAUCAGCUAACCGGAGAAAUCCCUUCGGACAUAGGAAACUGCAAACAGCUGGAGAUGGUCGAUCUGCAUGGAAACAAGCUUACAGGAACGAUCCCUCUCUCUUUCGUCUCUCUUCUUGGUCUUAACGUGUUGGAUCUUUCCAUCAAUGAGAUAUCAGGCGAUAUCCCACAAAGCAUAGGUAACCUCACAUCACUGAACAAGCUUGUGCUGAGUGGUAAUAACAUCUCUGGUCCAAUUCCUCAAUCACUAGGCCUCUGUAAGGAUUUGCAGUUGCUUGAUAUAAGCAACAACAGGCUCAGCGGUUCGAUCCCGGAUGAGAUUGGCCGUUUAGAAGAACUAGACAUACUCUUGAACUUGAGUUCGAAUUAUUUAACAGGAGAAAUCCCGAAAAGCUUUUCGAAUUUUUCAAACCUGGCCAACAUGGACAUCUCCCACAACAUGUUUGUAGGAAGCUUGCAAGUCCUAGGCAAUCUAGACAAUCUUGUCUCUUUGAAUGUUUCGUACAACGAUUUUUCGGGCACGAUUCCAAAUACCAAGUUCUUUCAGGGGCUUCCUAAUGGGACAUUUGCUGGUAAUAAGGAUCUCUGUUUCAACAAGAACAAGUGCAACCUCAGUGAAGGCACAAAUAAACGGACAUCUGCCAGAAAUCUUACUAUAUUCGUCUUGCUCACUGUCGUUGCUUUCAUUAUGGUAACUGCAGGAGUAAUAUUAUACAAAAGAGCACGAGACACCACGUUCGAGAAAAACGACGAAGAAGGAGGGAUUAAUUGGGAUUUCACCCCAUAUCAAAAGCUCAACUUCUCGGUCGAAGAUGUGGUGAUAAAGCUUUCCGAUUCCAACAUUGUGGGAAGAGGCGGCUCGGGUAUUGUUUACCGAGUCGAGACACCAAUGGGUCAAGUUGUUGCAGUGAAGAGACUGUGGCCGAAGAAUAGAGGGGAGAUUCCUCAGAGGGACUUGUUCUCGGCAGAAGUCACAACACUAGGAUCAAUAAGGCAUAAAAACAUAGUAAAGCUGCUAGGUUGUUGUGACAAUGGCGAAACAAGAUUGCUCUUGUUCGACUACAUAAGUAACGGCAGUUUGGCAGGAUUGCUCCACGAGAAGAAAAUAUUCCUGGAUUGGGAUACGAGGUACAACAUCGUAAUGGGAGCUGCCCAAGGAUUGGCUUAUCUUCACCAUGACUGUGUCCCACCGAUAGUUCACCGAGAUAUCAAGACCAACAACAUUCUGGUCGGUCCACUCUUCGAGGCUUUUCUCGCAGAUUUCGGUCUGGCAAAGCUUGUAAGUUCUUCAGACACUUCAAGAGCUUCAGACAUUGUAGCAGGAUCGUAUGGCUACAUAGCUCCUGAAUAUGGAUACAGCUUGAAAAUUACGGAGAAAAGUGACGUGUAUAGCUACGGAAUUGUACUCCUAGAGGUGUUAACAGGAAUGGAACCAACUGAUCCUACAAUCCCAGAUGGGAAAAACCUCGUUUCUUGGGUUUACGAAGAGCUUCGAACAGAACACAGAGAUUUCACAUCAAUUGUCGAUCAACAGCUACUCCUACAGUCGGGCACACAGACAGAAGAGAUGCUUCAAGUACUAGGAAUAGCUCUUCUGUGUGUGAGCCCUUGUCCGGACGAAAGACCUACAAUGAGGGAUGUAAUCGCCAUGCUGGACGGAAUCAAACAUGAGAAUGAGGAGUUUGAGAAACCGAGAAAAGAAGCGAGCUCAAACCAGAGGCCACCAGUUCAGUGUAGAAGUUUUACCAGGCUAUCUAAACCUCUGAUCAGAUCACCUCCUCAUUCCCAAUAGGCAGUUCCUGCUCUACCCCCAUGCUGUAAUACCUAGUUCUUCAGUUCAUUCUUUUUUAAGCUGUAAUGAAAUUGUAUAGGUUCUUUGUGUAACAAGUUCGGUUUAAAUUACAUUAAAGAUUAUACAUUUUUUUCAUUGUUA